AAAGCCCCCCCCCCUCCUGUGAGAGGGAGGGCAUUGUGAUGGGCGCCUGUGAACACCGCACCAGAAACCCUGCUGCAGUGGGCGAGCGAGGCGAGCAGCGUCUCUCCAUACCUCCAUGUGGCUGGACCCGAGGCACACGCACAGCUACAGUGCUGGCGAGUUUUCGGGGGACACUUCAGCAUGGCCUGCCGCUGGAGAUCGGAGACACCGUGCAGAUUCUGGAGAAAUGUGAAGGGUGGUUCAGAGGAUUUGUUCUGAAGAAUCCCAGUGCCAAGGGAAUCUUCCCAUCGAGCUACAUUCACCUGAAAAAUGCACAAAUCAAGAACAAGGGGCAGUUUGAGACGGUCAUCCCCACCGAGGACUCCAUCGUCACGGAGAUGACCUCCACCCUGAGGGACUGGGGCAUGAUGUGGAAGCAGCUCUACGUGAGGAGCGAGGGGGACCUGUUCCACCGGCUCUGGCACGUGAUGAACGAGGUGCUGGACCUGCGGCGCCAGGUGCUGGUGGGUCACCUGACCAACGACCGCAUGAAGGAGGUCAAGCAGCACAUCACCGCCCGCCUGGACUGGGGAAACGAGCAGCUGGGCCUGGACCUGGUCCCCAGGAAGGACCUGAGCAUGGUGGACCCAGACGACAUCAGUGUCACGGAGCUCUACAAGCUGAUGGAACACCGCCAUGGAAAGAAGGAGACCCCGUUGCCUGUCAGCACUCAUCACCUGUUCCUGCAGAUGAAGAGCCUGAUGAGCUCGAACCUGGGGGAGGAGCUAGAGGUCUACUUCUUCAUCUACGACAGCAGGGAGAACCGCCCACUCAGUGAAAGGUUCUUUGUGCGACUCAAUAAACAAGGAGUGCCCAAAUCUCCAGAGAAAACCGAGAGGCAGUGCACCCUUUUUAUAGACUUGGGGAGCAGUGAUCUCCGAAAAGAUGUAUAUAUUGUAGUCCACAUUAUAAGAAUAGGGCGCAUGGGGGCGGGAGAGAAGAAGAACACGUGCAGCGUUCAGUACAGACGGCCCUUCGGCUGUGCAGUGCUCAGCAUCGCCGACCUCCUCACCGCCGAUUCCAAAGACGACCAUCUGCUGAAGGUCUACUCCUGUAACACAGAGAGCGAAUGGUAUCAGGUGCAUGAGAACAUCAUUCGGAAGAUCAACUCCAGAUACAACCUCUCAGGCUCCAACACUGGCCUUGCUGUCUCUCUGCAGCUCCUGCACGCGGACAUAGACCAGAUUCGGAGGGAGUACAUGGUGCUGUUCACCCGCGGCGUGUCCAUCACGAGGAAACUGGGCUUCUCUGAUGUCAUAAUGCCAGGUGAAAUGCGGAAUGAUCUGUACAUCACCCUGGAAAGAGGAGAGUUUGAGAAGGGUGGGAAGACUGUGGCCAGAAACGUGGAGGUUGCCGUGUACGUGCUGGACGCUGACGGCCAGAUCCUCAAGAACUAUGUCUCAGCGGGUUCUGGGGAACCGGGGGGCGACCAGUUCCACUCCUUUGUGCUGUACCACAACAACAGCCCGAGGUGGGCGGAGCAAAUCAAGCUGCCCAUCCCCGUGGACACGUUCCGAGGGUCACAUGUUCGCUUCGAGUUCCGCCACUGCUCCACGAAAGAGAGGGGCGAGAAGAAGCUUUUCGGCUUUUCCUUUGCGCCCCUGAUGCAGGAGGACGGGCGCACGCUGCCCGACGGCACCCACGAGCUCAUCGUGCACAAGUGUGAAGAGAGUGCUGUUCUCCAUGACCCCGCGCGCUACCUCAAGCUUCAGUUCUCCAAAGGAAGUCUCCCAGGAAACAAUCAAGCUGCGCGAAGCGGCAAGGAGUCCUUCUGGGUCACGUCUUUCCUCUGCUCCACCAAGCUGACUCAGAACGGUGACAUGCUGGACCUGCUGAAAUGGAGAGCUCACCCAGAGCGGAUAAACGACAGCCUGACCAAGCUGAAGGAGAUCGACGGCUCCGAGAUCGUCAAGUUUCUGCAAGACACCCUGGACACGCUGUUCGGCAUCCUGGACGAGAAUUCCCAAAGACACGGGCUGAAGGUGUUCGACUGCCUGGUUCACAUUAUAAACCUGCUGCAGGACAGCAAGUUCCAGCAUUUUAAACCCGUCAUGGACACCUACAUCGAGAGCCACUUCUCUGGGGCGCUGUCUUACAGGGAUCUCCUCAAGGUCCUUAAGUGGUACAUGGACCGCAUCGUGGACGCAGAGCAUCAGGGCCACAUCCAGCAAGUGCUCAAGGCCUCGGAGUACAUCUUCAGAUACAUCGUGCAGUCCCGCCGGCUGUUUGCCCGCGCCACGGGCGGCCAGAACCAGGAGGAGUUCCGCUGCUGCGUGCACGAGCUCUUCAUGUCCGUCCGCUUCUUCCUGUCUCAGGAGAGCAAAGGCACCAGCCCCGUGUCUCACACGCAGGCGCUGUUCCUGAGGACGUUCCCGGCGGUGUACGGCGAGCUGCUGAAGGUCUUCAGCCUGCGGGAGGUGGCCGGACUCGUGUGCGAGACCCUGGGCAGCCUGCCGGUCCUCACGCAGGUGGAGUGCCCCCUGGAGGCCGUGAAGCUCCAGUGCAUCGCCAAGACUGUGGAGAGCCAGCUGUACACCAACCCCGAGUCCAGGUGUGUGCUGCUGCCCGUGGUGCUGCGGCACCUCCAGGCUCACCUGCAGGAGCAGAGGGACCUGGUGAUGUGCGGACGCGUCCUCAGUGCCGUGUUCUGCCACGGCAGACAGGAGGGGACGGAGGCGUCUGCGUGCGAGGAGGUGUCGGUGAUCGUGGAGAGCCUGCUGGCCGUGCUGCUCAGGACGAUACUGGAGAUCACCAACCGGCCCCAGUCCACCGGGUCCGCCUUGCGUCUGCAGUUCCAGGACGUCACGGGGGAAUUUGUGGCGUGUCUCCUCACUCUGCUUCGACAGAUGACUGACAAACACUACCUACAGCUUCUGGAAAGGUUCUCCAGUAAAGACGACCUGAGGGACUUCCUCCUGCAGCUCUUCACCGUCUUUCGCAUUCUCAUCCGGCCGGAGAUGUUCCCCAAAGACUGGACCGUCAUGCGACUGGUCACCAACAACGUCAUCAUCACCACGGUCCUGUACCUGUCGGACUCUCUGAGGAAGAACUUCCUGAGUGACAAGUUUGAUUAUAAGGUGUGGGACUCCUACUUCUACCUCUCUGUGAUCUUCAUAAACCAGCCCUGCCUGCAGCUGGAGAAGUUCUCCCCGUCUAAAAGGAAGAACGCUCUAGAAAAGUACGGAGAUAUGAGGGUGAUGAUGGGCUGUGAGGUCUUCAGCAUGUGGCAGAACUUGGGGGAGCACAAGCUGAACUUCAUCCCGGCCAUGAUCGGCCCUUUCCUGGAGGUGACCCUGGUCCCGCAGCCAGACCUCCGCAACGUCAUGAUCCCCAUCUUCCACGACAUGAUGGACUGGGAGCAGCGGAGGAGCGGCAACUUCAAACAGGUGGAGGCCAAGCUGAUCGAUAAGCUGGACAGCCUGAUGUCGGACGGCAGAGGGGACGAGACGUACAGGGAGCUCUUCAACAGCAUAAUUCCUCUGUUUGGCCCGUAUCCUAGCCUGCUGAAGAAGAUUGAGAGGGAGACGUGGAGAGAGAGCGGAGUCUCUCUGGUCGCUACUGUCACACGACUGAUGGAGAGACUGCUGGAUUACAGGGACUGUAUGAAGGUGGGAGAGGUGGAUGGUAAAAAGAUAGGCUGCACUGUCAGCCUCCUGAACUUCUACAAAACGGAGCUGAACAAGGAGGAGAUGUACAUCCGCUACAUUCACAAGCUGCACGACCUGCACCUGAAAGCACAGAACUACACAGAGGCCUCCUUCACGCUGCUGCUGUACGACGAGCUGCUGGAGUGGUCAGACCGGCCGCUCAGAGAGUUCCUCAGCUACCCCAUGCAGAGCGAGUGGCAGAGGAAGGAGUACCUGCACCUGUCAAUCAUCCAGAACUUCCACAGGGGCAAGUGCUGGGAGAACGGCAUCAUUUUGUGCCGGGAGCUGGCUGACCAGUAUGAGGCCUACUAUGACUACCGCAACCUCAGCAAAAUGAAGAUGAUGGAAGCUUCUUUGUACGACAAGAUCAUGGACCAGCAGCGGCUGGAGCCGGAGUUUUUCAGGGUCGGAUUCUACGGCAAGAAGUUCCCCUUCUUUCUACGAAAUAAGGAGUUUGUGUGUCGGGGGCACGACUACGAGCGUCUGGAGGCGUUCCAGCAGCGCAUGCUGAACGAGUUCCCCCACGCCAUCGCCAUGCAGCACGCCAACCAGCCCGACGACACCAUCUUCCAGGCCGACGCCCAGUACCUGCAGAUCUACGCGGUCAGCCCCAUCCCAGAGAGCCAGGACGUCCUGCAGCGGGAAGGGGUCCCCGACAACAUCAAGAGCUUCUACAAGGUCAACCACAUCUGGAAGUUUCGCUACGACCGGCCCUUCCACAAGGGCACCAAGGACAAGGAGAACGAGUUCAAGAGCCUGUGGGUGGAACGGACCACGCUGACUCUGGUCCAGAGUCUGCCCGGCAUCUCGCGCUGGUUUGAGGUGGAGAAACGGGACGUGGUUGAGAUCAGCCCGUUGGAGAAUGCGAUGGAGGUGAUUGAGAAUAAGAACCAGCAGCUGCGGACGCUGAUCUCUCAGUGCCAGGCCCGCCAGAUGAACAACGUCAACCCCCUGACCAUGUGCCUGAACGGCGUGAUCGACGCGGCCGUCAACGGUGGGCUCACCCGCUACCAAGAGGCCUUCUUCACAAAGGACUACGUGGCCAGCCACCCCGAGGACGGCGAGAAGAUCGCGCGGCUGCGGGAGCUCAUGUUCGAGCAGGCGCACAUCCUGGAGUACGGGCUGGCCGUGCACGACAAGUUCGUGCCCCAGGACAUGAGGCCGCUGCACAAGAAGCUGGUGGACCAGUUCCACCUGAUGAAGUCCAGCCUGGGCAUUCAGGAGUUUCCUCCGUACGUGUGCGCCAGCCCUGUGCAUUUUCCCAACGGCAGCCUGCGCUCCUGCAGGGCGUCUGUCCCCAACGUCCUGAGCCCCGACGGCCCCCGCGUGCUGUCCAGACGCAGUCCGCUCAGCUACCCUCCGGUGAACCGCUACUCUUCCUCCUCGCUCUCCUCCCAGGCCUCUAACGAAGUGAGCAACAUCACGGGCCAAUCGGAGAGCUCGGACGAGGUCUUCAACAUGCAGCCAAGCCCGUCUACCUCAAGCCUCAGUUCCAAUCACUCCGCCUCUCCCAACGUGACCAGCUCCACUCCCUCCAGCGCCAGAGCGUCCCCACUGCUGUCUGACAAACACAAGCAGCCCAGAGAGAACUGCUGCCUUUCACCGCGGGACAGACCCUGCAACGCCAUCUACGCCAACCCGCUGGACCCCUCACAGAGGAUGACUCCGCACCUGACUGGGGAAAACGCCGUACCCCGCGGUGACCCAAAUCUCUCUGCCCCAGACAAAGGGUCACCGGGGAGGAACCUGAUCUCAAUUUCUCCUGCCGCUCCGCCCAAGUCGCCUCAAAAGAGCGCCCUCCCGCCCUGCACCCCGUCCCCCACAGAGAGCCAGCCAGCGGGGCUGGCGUCCGGCUCGCCCGCGCUGUCCGGGAGCUUCAGCAGCGGCAUCUCCUCCCUGAGCCGCUGCAGCGUUUCGGAGACGUCCGGCCCCGAGGCCCCGCCCUGCGACCACGCCCUCCCCGCCCCCGUCUCCGGGGGCAACGACGAGCUGGUCCGCCGGGAGAACAAGACCCCGCCCCCCUACAGCGUGUACGAGCGCAGCAACUCCCGCCGGCCCGUCCCGCUGCCGCACGUCCUGUCCGUCGCCCCCCUCAGCGCCGAGCCCCCCGCCCUGCCGCCCAAACCCCACCAGCUCCGCUCCGCCAAACUGGACCCCGACCUGCGCCGGGCCGAGCCCUUCCCCCGCCCACGAGCCCUCCCCAGGAAGGUGUCCCAGCUGUAGGGCGGUACCCCAUACACCCCACCCGAAACAACCAUCAGCCCCUAACCCUAACCCCCCAACCCCCUCCCCAGGAAGGUGUCCCAGCUGUAGGGCUGUACUCCCCGAUACCCCCCGAAAAAACCAUCAGCAGCUUGCCCCCACCCAAGACCCCUCCCCAGGAAGGUGUCGCAGUUGUAGGGCUGUACCCCCUACACCCCCCUCCCCAAAAACAAUCAGCCCCUAACACCAAACCCCCGCCCCCUAACCCUCAUCCCAGGCCUGUACAGGAGUACACCUGUAGGCCUGUCCCUGCCCCUUGCCCUGCUGGCCAUUCCAGCACAUUUUGCACUUUUGGGUUCAGUGACCCCCCCCCCCCCCCCAGGCCCUUUAGGGACAGUGGAGAUGGAGACGCACGUAACGGUGAAGUAGUCUUUGCAGGCUGCAUGCAGUUUGCUACUUCGUUCAGUACUUACGAAAUGGCAGGGCCACUUUAUAGAUUUACAGAGAGGUUCUAUGAGCUUAAUAUGUUCUUACAUAUUUUUUAAUAGAUGCAAAAAUCCUAAUAUAUGUAUAUAAUGAAAAUAAAAUAACAGGGUUUUUUUUUUGCCUUAAAUAUUAAAAAUAGCGUAUUUCUAUUGGUGAACGUUUGCAACGAGUCCUGCCGCUCACUGGAAAUAAUCUUUACUUUCCAAAACGGCUGUUAGGGGUGCUAGACCUGUCCUGUGUGUCUUAUAACCUAGUACACUUCUCGCCUGGAAGGUUUGUUCCUUAUAUUAGAUCUGUGGGCUUUUUCCAAGUUAUCGUGCCAAAGGACCACAUAUGCUUUUUAUGUAACGGAAACUUUAGCGUCUAAUCUAGCGAGUGGAUGUGCUCUACUGAAGUAUGACUGGACUGAUGAGCGUGCUCAGUGACACGUGUUUCUCAGUUCUGUGUUCAGUACUUGACUGCAUGAGGCCUGUACAAAGCAAAACAUGCACUGUAGUACCAACAAGGGUUUUUUUUUGUUGUUUUUUUUUUUUAUUACUGAGCCUGAGCACAAACAGGCCUUGCGACAGCGGAUCCUUACAGGCCUGCUUACGAGACUAAUGACUCACUGACAGAUCAGUCGCUUUCUUACCAGUGCGAUCAUUUGCAAAUACGGCAUUUAUGGAACUCUUGAUAUACAGUUACCUUUUUAGAUGUUACCAUGGUGGACUGCCAGUGUGCCCUGCUGUGAGAGGGCUUCCAUUAUUUUCCAUUUUAGCAUUUCUACAAGUUCACACAUUCUGUUUGAUAGGGCUUUGGCCAGCAUUUUCUGCAAGGCAGCAUUCUGCUACAUAUUUGUAAAGUUGGAGCAUUAUUCGCACAGUUUUUAUUUGUUGUCUGAAAUGAAAUAUUGCUGAGAGAAUACACUGUAAAGGCUCUCCUGGUUUACAGCCUGCAAGCUGAAAACUCAUUAUAUAAAAGUGUUAUUUUCAACAGAUAUUGGUCUGCAUUCUUUCUGUGGACCAUUUUAGCUAAACUCACUGAUGAGUUUUUUUCUUCUUCUUCUUAAUUUUAAACCUUGUUAUCUUUUUUGUUUCAAUUUUUUGUAUUGGUUUAGUUUUUAUUUUAUAUUCUUUUGUGAAUUUCUGAUAAAAGUAUUUACAUGAAGAGCAGUACUUGUGAAAUUGUAAAUGACUUUAUGAGAUUGUUUGUAAGUAUGCCAAAUAUUUGUGAAUUACAAUUAAUGUAAAUAUUGUGUUUUUAACAAAAAUGUAGCCAUAUUCAAUUUACCGCUUUGAAUGUUGCAAGGACAAAUUCUAAUAAAUGUUAAAUAUUUAUAUGUUUUAGUCAGUGUAGAAAUAAUGACACUGUUUAAUAAAAGGACAAAAAAUGACAAUUUGCAGAAAUUCACAUUUCAUUAGGUUCUUAGUAUUUAAGAAUUGUUUUAAAAAGGUUAUUUGUUCAUCAUUUGUUGAAUGUUGAGUGUCAUUAUAUUUGAAAGCAUCACAUUCUUUCAGUUGAAGUCAUUUCACCACUCUGGAUCAAGUUUAAAUGAGGUGAGUUUAGUGCACUUGAGGUAUAUGAUCUGUCUUUUAUGCUGUGUCUAUAAUCUUAUUAAACAGACUGUCUUUGAAAGAAUGCUUUUAAUUUGGAAUAAUAAUACCCUGUAAAGGUCAAAGAAAGAAGGUAAUUACCCAUCUAAUUUGAGGGAGUAUGUGAAAGUGUGAUAAUUGGCUAUAGAUAAUCAAUAUAAAAUUAAUGUUCAGUAUUUUCCCAUUCAGGGUGAAGUGAAGCCUGGAAGUCUUGUUAGAAAUCGUUUGAUUUAAUUUGAUUGCAUUAUGAGACAAAGACACAGGGAACAGUGAUAGAGGGGAACAGGACACUGGGCUAGAGGGGAACAGGGAUAGAGGUUAAUAUGAUAUGAGGAACAGUAAUGGAGGGGAACAGAGAUAGAGGUUAAUAUGAUAUAGGGAACAGUGAUAGAGGGUAAUCAGCAAGGAAGCUGGUGAAAAUCAGCAAGAAGAAAGGUGGAAGAAAUAGAAAGAGAGAGAGAGGCGAAUGAAGCCGCAGGAUUGCUUUGGUGAGUGAGCAUUCUGUAGAGUUGAGUCUGCUUGCGUACGCGACCUUUGACCUGAGGUUGUGUCUCACCUGCGUUCUCCGAAGUUCCUGUGGUACCUUUUGUGCACAGAGCAGGAGGGAAGACCUCAGUGUCCUGAUCAGAGGGCAGAAAUAGCCUCUCUGAGUCGAGCCUGCUAAUCAUCUCCCUUACAGCUGGUCGGCUGUGCGCUUCCCUCUAUUCUCUGCCAGUCUUGUUUCGCUGUCAUCACUGCAAGGAGAGUCGAGUUCCCCACUUGACUUAACAGGGCGAAUAAAGGGAAAACAACAAACAGAUGGAAGGAGAUGGAUUCUGAGCCCCUGAGUAUCACCUGGAGCCCCUUGUGUGGAAGACUUCAUGACAGUGAAGCCAUGUAUUUCGUUCUUUGAGAUCUGCGCUGAGAUCUGUGAGAGUUGGGAAUUGAUCUCCACACGUCUGUCUUCUGGACAUCUCAAGCUGGAUGCCAAAUCGACUCGAGCUCAACUCUGAGCUGAAA